CGUCUGUUCUUUCAAACAGCUUGGCAGGAAAAAAAGUUGUUCCCAACCUUUGGACUGAGGAUAUUAAAAUUAGAUUUUCCACUCUAGUUAGCUCAUCAGUGACUCAAAACCUACCUGAGCACACUUCCUGUCUAAUUGGAUAGGUGCAGCUGGACUUUGCACCAGGGCUUUUGCUAAACAGGAACAUUCGGCAAAUUUGUGCAUUUUUCUGGUGUGGGUAUACACAUGGUGGUUUACUGGGAUUAAUAAUGGAACAUUGACGUUGGAGCUAUACAGAUUUGCUCAGGUGUAUGAAAUCAAAAAGGAAGAAUGUUCAUGAACAGCAACUCCCUAACCACAAGAGGUUUCUCAUCAGAGGCAUCCUCUCUGAGGUCUGAUAUGUCUCGACCCAAUGCAAAAUCCAUCUAUAUGCAAAGGAAGGAAUAUUUGGAGAACAUAAACAGACAAGCAGAUGCCUUUCAGUACAGAGUAGAGCACGUGUUUACGUGUGAGUUAAAUGGGAGGGAGUUGAGCAGCGCUGAUGACUGCUUGGCCAAGUUGAAGAGUCUGGAGAGCCGAGGGAAAGUCUGGGGUCAGGAUAUGAUCCUGAAGGUGCAGCAUGGCCACUUACAGCUGUGUGAUGUCGAAACAAAGGAGGUCCUGGACUCAUUUCCUCUUGGCAGCAUCUCACAGACGAAAGCAAUCCUGGACAGCUGCACUUACGACUCCCUCUUGAUGGUCAUAACCCAGGACAACAGCCGGAGGGCUCCAAAAGUUUUCUUGUUCCAGUGUGAGGAAACUGGGGCAGAAGAGGUGAAAGCUGAUUUGGACAAAGUGAUCCAGAACAGGGAUGAAGGGCCAGGGUUACCUCCAAGUGAACCACCAUUUGACAUCAGGAGUAAUCUGGAGAACAUAAUAAGUCAAGGUUAUUCAGGGGGUUUCCGCAGACCUGGCCCCUCUCCAGUGCACUCUGCAUCCCCUCCACCCGUGUUUUCUCCUCCUCAGUCCAGCUACCAAGACUAUGAUGAUCACCAGCCUCCAAUGUUUCUACCCAGAGAGGAGAGCUAUCCAGACAUGCGGGAACAACAAAACCACAUAAAUGAGCAGCCUUCUCCCUCCCACCGAGAUAUCGACACGACUGUGGAAAUCUUUAAUCAUGUUAUGGCUGACAUGGAGUUCUUUAUUAGCAAAGUUGGAGCAGCUUUAGCACAAAACAAUGGAAAGAAGAAAAAGAAAAAGAAAGGGACAAGCACAAUAAUAUAUGGCGAAAACUUUCCCUCCAUAGAGGAGUUUAUAGCCUGUCUUCAAAAAAUGAAAUAUGGCUUUAAUCUCCUUGGGAAACUUAAUGGAUACUUAAGUAAUCCUGAUCCUCCUGACUUUAUCCACAGUAUUUUCUCCUCCCUUAAUUUUCUGUCGCUGCAUUAUCCUCCUGACGUGGCUCCUUCAAUUGUGAGUCCUCUUCUCACAGAACAAGCUCUACAGCUCCUCAGCCAGGUGGUGACUCCAGAGGAGGAUCAGCUCUGGAACAAUUUAGGAGAUGCCUGGAAUAUUCCCAGAUCAAACUGGCCAAAUGCAGAUCAGAUACCACCAUAUGUUCCACAAUUUUAUGAUGGCUGGCAGCUGCCUGCACCGACCCCUCCCCAGUCAGGACCCAUGAACCAUCCUAUGUCACGGAGCAACAGUCAGAGAUUUCCAGCUGAGAAUGACAUACAACGACGACCUGGACAGGAGAACAGGCCUUUUGGCGCUCCGCCCGAACGCUCAGGAGAACCUCCACUCUACAUGCGAGUGAGCUACGAUUUCACAGCCAGAAACCGUCAGGAGCUGAGUGUGAUGAGAGGUGAUGUGGUGCAGGUGGUAAACAAGUCCAGGCAAUGGUGGAUAGUGCGAAACAAUCAUAAUGAGGAGGGACAUGUGCCUCCAAAUGUUCUAGAGCCCAUGAAUGGAGAAGAGCCAGCAAGAAUGAAUCGAACUCCAAAUCUCGACAUGAAAUCCAGCCCAGAGGAAGUCAGGACCUGGUUACAGUACAAGGGCUUUUCUAACACGACAGUACGGAACCUGGGCAUGAUGAAUGGAGCAUUGCUUUUGGAGAUGAAGCGUGAUGAUAUACGAGCUGUGUGUCCUGAAGAAGGAGGUCGUGUUUUCUUCCAACUGCAGGCCAUUAAAUCCUCUAUGGCACUUGCUAGUGAAACGGAAUAUAACCACUACAACGGCCGCUAAACCUGACCAUCACGGUGAGGGGGCAGAUGACCGCUUACGGAUUCACUCAAGAGAACUGCACAGCGAUUACAUGCUGGCUUUAUCAUUUGUUGGUUCAUGAAAAGUUUAUGAUCUGAACACAAGUAUCAAGCGACGUUAUACUCCAAGUAUAAUUUUAAUUAUUCUAUCCACAUUCACUGGAUGAGUAAUCGCACGUUCUGAUUGGCUACUCUACUACUAGGUUAAUCAGCUCAUAUACUGUGAGUAGAGAAAAACAAAAUGGCAGAACUGUACUUGAAAACAAAACCCCCAAAAUUAAAUAUUUAACAGAAACAUCUAAAAGAAUAGUCAUGCCCCCCCCAAUAUCACCUGUUCUACACUCCAGCCCAGCCGGUGAGAGUAAUGCACCUUUAAAGUUGGUUUGCCCACUGCCAAAAAAAACUCCAAAACCAAAAUACAGAAUAAAAAGUAUUUGAUGGUAAGAGCACUUCUUAUUUUUCAAGAAUUAUCACAAGUUGUUACUAUCAUUUUGCUGGUUUGUUUACAUUAAGUGGAAAUAAUUUUGUUGGACAUUUUGUAUAGUUUUUUUUUUUUAAACUGAAUUCGCAAAAAAUAAAAAUGCUCGGGCGGCACAGUGGUGUAGUGGUUAGCACUGUCUCCUCACAGCAAGAAGGUCCUGGGUUCGAGCCCCGUGGCCGGCGAGGGCCUUUCUGUGUGGAGUUUGCAUGUUCUCCCCGUGUCCGCGUGGGUUUCCUCCGGGUGCUCCGGUUUCCCCCACAGUCCAAAGACAUGCAGGUUAGGUUAACUGGUGACUCUAAAUUGACCGUAGGUGUGAAUGUGAAUGGUUGUCUGUGUCUAUGUGUCAGCCCUGCGAUGACCUGGCGACUUGUCCAGGGUGUACCCCGCCUUUCGCCUGUAGUCAGCUGGGAUAGGCUCCAGCUUGCCUGCGACCCUGUAGAAGGAUAAAGCGGCUACAGAUAAUGAGAUGAGAUAAAAAUGCUCAGUUUCUGAAAAUCCAGUGAAUGUGGAUAUAAUAAACAGUUAUUCCACUCAAUCUCAUCAUACAUGGCUUAUAGCCAACUCAGUGCUACACGCCUCGUCAGCCAUCAGCUCAUGUACGACUCAAUUUCAUUGAAUAACUUAAAUAGAUGGUAAAAUCUGUCAUGCAUUUUUUGAUCCUGUUUAUCCUAUCAUCUUAAAGGAUAUGGGACAUGGAUUUUUUUCUGGGCAUAAUUAUGUAUAAAGGACAUAAGAAAUGCCAUCUAAAUCACUGCAGGGCAUCAAAAAUGUGAAAAUCACCACAUUAUUCAAGUUUUUUUAUACAUCAGCGUAAAACAAGGAUUCGUUAAUGAGCUAGGUGGUCACGUGACCCGUGACGUCACAAAAACUUUCCAAGGAGCCAGCGCUUGGGAAUCUAAUGUAAACAGGUUACCGAAAUGGACACCAUCGACAGUGAUAUUCCUGAUGUUUCACAGAGAUGUGAAGUUAGACCCUAUCACUUCAAACCGAUAGCUGGAAAUUCACAUGAACAUGGAUCUUGUCUUUACUCUGACGGGUCAGAUGAUUCUGAGAGUGAGAGUUCAUUCAAUCCCCAUGAAACUGAAAGCGGUCGGCUCGAUAACACUUCCUGGUAAGUUAAAAACAAUUCUGCUCAAAGGCUAAUGAUCUGUUGAAAGAAGUAUUAUUUUUGUAUCAUACAUUGCAAGUUCAUCAUAGAUCUAGCUAAAGUCCGUUGUAAGCUAGUUUUUUUUUUGCUGAUAUUUUUCGAGAUUGAUUGAGAUGCAAUGCUUCCAGAGUCCGAGAUGAAAACAUUCAAAAUGGCGAAACGAGUCAGAAUUGUGAUAAUCAAUAAUUGAUACACCCAAAAUUAUAAUACUAAUCCUUACCUCGGCUUUCAGACGCUUAGCGCAGAGGUCUUCAACAGGGGGGUCGCGAAAUUGCACCGGAUCACUCAUAACAAAAAUAUUCCUGCCCUGUCCCCUGGCCUCCGUGCAGGGAUGCAAACAGCGCGCCUUUCGGCGGAUGCCGCCUUUCUCACGGCUGAAUCGCGCAGAUCCGAUUUAAAAAAAAAAAGCGAUAUUAAUUCAUGAAACAUGAAGUAUAAGGAUGAGAAA